UAUUAUUUGUUUUGUUCAAUUUAUAAUUGAUAGUAUGUUGUUUACAUGAGUAGUGUGGAUUUUAAAAGACGGCUGAUGAUGAUUACAUCGAAGUUUUAUCCCACCGGCUUCUGUGCCUAUGGUCAUUGAACUGGAGGCACGAUAUACCUGAUAAGCCAAUAAGGAACACAUUUUAAGUAAACAAAAUAGAUAUCUUUGGCCUGUAAUCAUCCUGACAUGAUUAUUAAAUUACGUCACCGUAAAUGCCGUAGAAAUUCAACUUUAUGUGUUGUCGGUAGCCAGGUUAUAAACGUCAUUAAGUGUUUUGUAGGUUAGGAAGGAAACAUCGUCACCGCGGAGUCAUGGCUCAGGAAACGAACAGUGGAUUAAAAAAUAAUUAUCCACCGCUACUACAGCUACAAGGAAGCAAACUACAUAAUGUUAGAGUAACUGAGCUGAUGGAUCAUUUUGUGGUGAAAUACAAACAAGAACCAGAGUUCCUUGUUCGUGUCCCUGGAAGGGUAAACCUUAUUGGUGAGCAUGUUGAUUAUUGUGGCUAUUCUGUUCUGCCAAUGGCAAUUCAAUAUGACAUAAUGGUGGCUGUAAAACGAAUAAGUGAACCACAGCUGUACCUCACAAACAUGGAUUCCAGUCACAGCGAUUUUCAGUGUCCUAUACAUUCCUUCAGCAUUGAAGUUAAGAAGGGAGUGUCACCACACUGGUACAACUAUUUCCUGUGUGGACUGAAAGGAGUUUUGGAAGCGCUUCCUCAGGAUUCUGUGGGAAUGUUUGUUGCUGUGACUGGCAAUGUUCCUCAGCAAUCAGGACUAUCAAGUUCUAGUGCCCUUGUCAGUGCAGCUGCCCUUGCUGCUGCACAUGCCAAUAACCUUAAGAUGACUAAAUUAGAAAUUGCAUCUCUCAGUGCUACGUCAGAACGAUACAUUGGUACAGAAGGAGGUGGAAUGGAUCAAGCAAUUGCUUUUCUGGGAACAAGAGGAUGUGCAAAACACAUACAGUUUAAUCCGCUUCGAUCAGAAGAUGUGAAGCUACCAGAUGGUGUUGUGUUUGUUAUUGCUCAUUCUCUUGCUGUUCUCAACAAGGCCAAAACAUCCGACUUCAACUGUCGAGUAGCUGAAUGUCGCUUGGCAUCACAGAUUAUGGCAAAGAAGCGUGGUUUAUCAUGGGAAAAAGUGUCUAGCCUGGCUGAUCUUCAGUCAACUAUGACAGCAAGUUUGGGGGAGAUGAUUGCUCUGGUGAAGGAGUUCCUACAUGAACAACCAUACUCCAAGGAAGAGAUCUGCCGUGAGCUUGAGGUGAGCGGGAUGUGCCUGGACCAAUUGUCUCUCAGCAACAACACAACUGACAUCAACCAGUUCAAACUACAUCAGAGAGCACUGCAUGUGUAUCAGGAAGCAAAUCGAGUCAAGGUUUUCCGAGAAGUGUGCCAAAAAGAUAUGGAAGGAUCAGUUGCACUUAUGAAGCUAGGAGAACUGAUGUGUCAAAGCCACCACAGUCUGCAGAAGCUCUAUGAAUGUAGCCAUCCUAAUUUGGACAGACUAGUGGAACUGGGUAAAGGAAAAGCACUAGGUUCACGACUUACAGGAGCUGGGUGGGGAGGGUGUAUAGUGGCUCUUACAACAAAAGAUACUGUUGAUGAUUAUAUCAAAACACUGAAGGAAAAAUUUUACAAGGAAAACCCAGCAGCUUUUGGAAAAGAUUUGGACAGCUUAGUGUUUGCAACUGAACCAAAUGUCGGAGCCGAAAUAUACGAAAUGAAAAUGUAACGUUCAGCUCAGUACUACAGUUCCAGGCAUUAUCUGAAUAUGUUUGAAGAAUGAGCUAUGCAGCUGGAUAAUACUGUACUCUUGCAUUAUCCAUUUAUUUUUGUUGUCAAAGGAAGGACAAGGUAAUAAAAUGUGCUAAUGAGGAAAGUCAUACUUCAUGCUAAAGUACAGUUUUUUCAAACGUAUCCUAUCACAUAGCAUAUGGGAUUGUGUUUUUGUUAAUGAAUUUGGCACAUUGUGUUAUAAUUUCCUUCUUUUAUAUUUUGUCUAUCUCAUAUUCUUUUCUUUAAAAGAGUCUGAAGACUUCCAAACCGUUUGUGGUGUCUGAAACAUGUUUAACAGUCUGUGCUGUCUGUUUAUUGAACUCCUUAAAUGAUGCUGAAUUAAAGGGAGAUUUGAAUACAUAUAUUUUGGUAGUUACUGCUCUCACAUGAACAAUAGAUUAUUAUAUAGCAUCAGUCCUAUGACUCAUUAUGUGUUAUUGUAUGUAGACUAUUUUUUUUUUCUUUUUGAAGCAUUAAUUAAAGAAAACUGUCAGAUUUCCUCCAGGAUUUGGGGGUGAUCAGUAAUGUAGAUGGUAUUUUAUACAAAAGGAAAAGGUUAGGAAACCGUGGUUUCUGGAAAAUGUGUGUAGUCUGUAUGGGAGUUUAACUCCAACAUGUCAACUGACAAGGACUUGAAGUAGAAACCAGCCUAGGAAAUACAACUGUAAGAUUAUGCAUUUAUGUGUCUUAAUGUGCCUUUUUUAAAGCUCAAGUGUCUUCUCUACUAUUGUUACCAAAGAUUUUUCUCCUGUGUGCCAUAGUAGUAUGGUAUUGUACAACCUACAGCAAGGUAACAUAUCUUUGAAUUAUAUUAAUGUGCAGUGUAAAUAUAUAUGUUUAUGCAGUUAUUUAUGUGAUGUACUUUUGUUGAAUAAAUAGUAUAAACCAUACAUUCAGUAAGUCA